GGGUGACGUCAGAGGGUCGCAGCCAUUGUUCACGGCGGAGCUGAGGUGGUUGCCGGCCGAGCUGCCGCCGCCAGCGCCUGUGCCGCGGUCUUGGAGGACGGGUAGAGGUGGCGCACACUAGGGACAGUCACGGGUAGCGCGUCGGUUCUUCCGCGUCCUCGGACCCCGAGGGACGUUCCUGGCCGCGAGGCCCCGAGCCUCCCCGUGAGAGCUUGGGCGGACGCCGGGAUCGUCGCAGCCGGCCCUGCGCGCCUUUGUCUGGAAGCCCCGCGCCCCGCCGGCCUGCCGGCCGCGGAACAAAAGCCGAGGGGUCCGGGCGACCUCGCGCAGUCGCCUGACGAGAGGGCGGAGGCCACGCUGCGGGCAGGUUGAGAUUGCAGUUGAUUUCUGCCUGUCAUUGGACCUCAGUUCUUGAAUUAUGGCUGCCAUAAAGCCAUGGACCUCCUGGGGUAUCCUUAUGAACCAGUCCUGGGGGAUGGCAUCUGUUGAUCCAUGGGCCUCCUGGGCUCUGUGUCCUCAGGAUUCUGCCUGGAGCAUAGAGGAGAACCCUGAUGAGGGGAGGAGGGCCACUGCGAUCCCACCAGACCAGGUCCAGGAACUAGUGACCUUCAAAGAUGUGGAUGUGAACUUCACCCGGGAGGAGUGGGAACAGCUGGACUCUGUUCAGAGAACCUUGUACCAUGAUGUGAUGCUGGAGACAUAUGGGCACCUGCUCUCAGUGGGAAAUCAGAUUUCCAAGCCUAAGGUCAUCUCUCUGUUGGAGCAAGGAGAAGAACCAUGGAUGGUGGAGCAAGCACUUUCUCAAAGCACCUGUCCAGAAUGGAAGAAAAAAAUUGAGAGUAAAACAUUGAUCCCAACACAGAAUAUUUUUCAGGAAGAAAAGUCCCAUAGCAUGAAAUUGGAAAGGUAUAUUUGGGAUGAUCCUUUGUUCUCUAGGUUAGAAAUUUUGGGAUAUAAAGACCAAUUAGAAAUCUACCACAUGAACCAGAGCACAGCUAUGAGGCAAAUGGUCUUCAUGCAAAAGCAAGUGCUUUCUCAGAGAGGCUAUGAAUUCUGUGAAUCUGGGACAGAUUGUAACCAGAGUUUAAAUUUUGUUCCAUCUCAGAGAGUUUCUCAAAUUGAACAUUUCUAUAAGCCUGAUAUAAUUCCUAAAAGUUGGAGAUGUAACUCGGCCAUAAUGUAUGGAGACAAUAUUACUUGUGAAAAUAGUUAUGACAAAGCCCUUUCCCAGUCCAUGCAACUUAUUCACCCUGUAAGAAUGCAAACUGGAAACAACAUUUUCAAACGUAAUGAUACUGUUAAAUCUUUCAAUCACAUAUUACAUUUUGGUGAUCAUAAAAGAAUGCACACAGGAGAAAACCUCUGUGAAUAUAAGGAAUGCCAUCAGAUUUUUAACCAGAGCCCAUUAUUCAGUGAACAUCCAAGAUUUCACAUUGGGGAAAACCAAUAUGAUUAUAAAGAAUAUGAUAAUAUCUUUUAUUUCUCAUCCUUUAUGGAACAUCAGAACAUUGGUACUGUAGAGAAGGCAUGUAAAUACAAUGAAUGGGAGAAAGUCUUUGGAUAUGACUCAUUCCUUACUCAGCAUACAAGCACUUAUGCUACAGAGAAACCUUAUGACUAUAAUGAGUGUGGCACAUCUUUUAUCUGGAGCUCUUAUCUUAUUCAACAUGAGAAAGCACAUAUCGAUGAGAAACCCUAUGAAUGUGACAAAUGUGGAAAGGUUUUUAGGAAUCGUUCAUCCCUUACUAAACAUGAACGGAUUCACACUGGAAUAAAACCUUAUGAAUGUAAUAAGUGUGGAAAGGCCUUCAGCUGGAAUUCUCAUCUUAUUGUACACAAGAGAAUUCAUACAGGAGAGAAGCCUUAUGUAUGUAAAGAAUGUGGGAAGUCUUUCAAUUGGAACUCCCAUCUUAUUGGACACCAGAGAACACAUACUGGAGAGAAGCCUUUUGAAUGUACUGAAUGUGGAAAAUCUUUCAGUUGGAGCUCCCAUCUUAUUGCCCACAUGAGAAUGCAUACUGGAGAGAAACCCUUUAAGUGUGAUGAAUGUGAGAAGGCUUUUAGGGAUUACUCAGCCCUUAGUAAACAUGAAAGAACUCACUCUGGAGCAAAGCCAUAUAAAUGUACUGAAUGUGGAAAAUCUUUUAGCUGGAGCUCCCAUCUUAUUGCCCAUCAGAGAACUCAUACGGGAGAGAAACCCUACAAUUGUCAGCAGUGUGGUAAAGCAUUCAGAGAACGCUCAGCCCUCACAAAACAUGAAAUAAUUCAUUCUGGGAUUAAGCCCUAUGAAUGUAAUAAGUGUGGGAAAUCAUGCAGCCAGAUGGCGCACCUUGUUAGACAUCAAAGGACUCAUACAGGAGAAAAACCUUAUGAAUGCAAUAAGUGUGGGAAAUCCUUCAGCCAGAGCUGUCACCUUGUUGCACAUAGAAGAAUUCACACUGGUGAGAAACCCUAUAAGUGUAAUCAGUGUGAGAGAUCCUUCAACUGUAGCUCUCACCUUAUCGCGCACCGAAGAACGCAUACCGGAGAGAAACCAUAUAGGUGCAAUGAAUGUGGAAAAGCAUUUAAUGAGAGUUCUUCCCUUAUUGUGCAUCUGAGAAAUCAUACUGGAGAAAAACCCUACAAAUGUAAUCAUUGUGAGAAAGCGUUUUGUAAGAAUUCUUCUCUUAUAAUUCAUCAGAGAAUGCAUAGUGGAGAGAAACACUUCAUAUGCAGUGACUGUGGAAAAGCAUUUAGUGGUCACUCAGCCCUUCUUCAGCAUAAGAGAAAUCAUAGUGAAGAGAAAGUGUGAAUAGAAUUGAUGAAAGAUUUUUCUUUUAUUGUACAAUUGAUAAUACACUGGGGAAAAAUACACUAUUUGUAAAAUCAGAAGGGGAAAUUUUUAGUAAGAGUUCUUCAUUGAACAGAAAAUAUAUUCAUCUUAGAUGAAAUCUAUGAAUAAGAAGAAUAUGGAAAGAUUUUAGAAAUUAUAGAGCCCUUUUAAAUACUAGUAAAAAUGGAGAAUUAAAAUUUCCUUCAUGAUCCAUCAGGAACCCUGCUGAAGAACAUGAAUGUAGUAGUGGAAUAUCUCUGUACAAGAUCCCAACUGUGUGGAUCAGUGUGCACUGUUAAAGGGAGAAAUCUGUAGGAAAGGUGUUUUAACUGAAAAUAGUUAUUUGGUUUGUUAUUUUGUCAAACCAGAGUAGUGGAUGGGAAGCUUUAUAGUAACAUUUUACAGUAACAUUUGUAAAUAAUUGUGGAAAUGCAGACUUUAUCAUGGAUAAAUAACAGAGUAUGGAAUACUAAAUCUGAACUUACAGUAAAAGUAUUGAAUGGCAUAUUUACUGUUGAUCAAGAUUAAACCUAUAAAAGUUUAGUAAAUUAGAUUAUUAAUUGUGGAGAAGUUAAUGACUAGGAGUAUGAGAUAAUGGUAGAACAAAAAGUAAGACUGCAUAGCACAGUGUAUCAGUGUCUUUGACCACUUCUCACUGCAUUGUUGGACAAUUAGUUUGUAAUAUGUUUUAUGCAAUCACUGUAUGUUAUGAUUAUGGACAUUGCAUCAGUAUAUACAGUGUGAGGGAAUAAAAAUAAUAUAUUUACAAUAGCACCUAAAGUAUAUAUGAAUAAGCAAUGUAAAAAAACAUUGGGGGUGGGGGUCAGAGCGAUAGUACAGCAGGUAGGGUAUUUGCCUUGCACGCGGCCGACCUGGGUUCAAUUCCCAGCAUCCCAUCUGGUUCCCCAAGAACUGCCAGAAGUGAUUCCUGAGUGCAGAGCCAGGAAUAAUCCUUUAAGCUCACUGGGUGUGACCCAAAAAGCCAAAAAAUAAAAGAAACAGGGAAAAUCAACAUGGUUAAUUUAAGAUUUUUUGAAAACUUAACAAACAGGGUUCUUACAGUGUGGUAGGCACUGUUUUGAGUGAGUUUUCAAGCACUAACUUUUCAGUUACUUUAAUUCUAUGAGAUAGGUAUUAUGACACCCAGUUUUACAAGAACAGAAACUGAGGUUUGAGAUAUUGAGAAGGCUAAGGACACACCUAAUAUUUUAUGGAGCAUCCUGUCAUUGCUUCAUUGAUUCUAAGGUGACCGGAUGCUGCCUGGCAUCAAGCCCCUUUGAAUUAUUGGUCCAGAGUUCAUGUUUUCGACCACUAUAUUAUGCUGACUCUCAAGUGAUUUUUUUGCGUGGAGGAACUUUUUGGGUCAGACCUGGCAAUGCUCAGGGGUUAUUCCUGGCUCUGCAAUCAGGAAUCACUCUCGGCAGUGCAUAGGGGACCAUGUAGGAUGCUGGGGAUCAAACCCAGGUUGGCCACAUGCAAAGCCCUAUCUGCUGUACUAUUGCUCUGGCCCUUCUGUGAUUUUUUUUAAAUUUCCUUUUUUUGCUACACCAGUGAUGUUUGGAGGCCACUCCCAACAUGGUGCUCAGGGGUGGCCCCCAGCACUGUUGUGGAGGACCGUAUAGUGCUGUGGAUUGGAAGCCAGCAUUCCACAUGCAGAGCAGAUAUUUCAGCCUUUGAGCUAAUUCCCUGGACACUCCCAGUGAUUUUUUUUAGGAGAUUGGGGGCCCACACCUGAUUAUUCCUGUCUCUGCACUCGCUUCCUGGUGGGCUCUGGAGAUCAUAUGGAAUGCCAGUGAUCGAACGAGGUCAGACACCUGCAAAGCAAGUGUCCAACCUGCUGUACUAUCUCUCUGGGCCCAGUUAUUUGGUAAUAAAAGCAAGAAAUGUCUAAACCAUUGAGAAAUAAAGUUCUCUAGUGCUCUGUCUUGAAGGAAUUUCAAUAAUAUGAGUGUUAAUAUCAGUUUAGAAUACAGUAUUUGACUUGGACAUUCACAGUUACUGCAUUUGGUGGGUACUGUCCCUAGAAUGUCAUUGCCCUCACCUCUUAAGUAUUAUACCAUAACAGUGGCUGGAGGAUUCAACUGAGUUUUGACAAAUCAGAAAUGUUCCUUGGGGCCGGAGUGAUAGCACAGCGGGUAGGGCGUUUGCCUUGCACGCAGCUGACCCGGGUUCGAUCCCCGGCAUCGCAUAUGGUCCCCCAAGCACUGCCAGGAGUAAUUCCUGAGUGCAAAGCCAGGAGUAACCCCUGAGCAUUGCUGGGUGUGACCCAAAAAGCAAAAAAAAAAAAAAAAACAGAAAUGUUCCUUAUUGGAGUUAGGAUGUUCCUUGUGGUCCCCACUACCAGUGGGAGUUCUGUUUCUCUAAGUAUCCUUGAGUUCAGUGUGUUUAUCCAGAUAAGAAGAUAUCUUUGAUAAUUGGAUUCAGAAAGGAAGAGAGGUAGGUCAGUCAUCUCCUAGAGUAAGGAAGUUUCCUGCUCUUAGGUGAAAGGACAAGAUGGGUAGCAGGAUUUGAGUGACUCCACCAGUUCAUAGAUAUUUCUUGUAUUUCCCUAAAGUAAGUCUAUUAGAGACCAACAGUCCUUCCCAGAUGGGCUUCCAGGAUAUUUGAUGAAAAUACAAAGUUGAAAAAGAUUCAUCUAGUUCUUGAUAGGUACACAUCCCUUAUGAUUGAGAAUCAGUGAACCACUGGUGUUAUGGGUACUUGAGUUCAAUAUUUGAGUCCCGUAACUGUACUUCACUAGGUAUCAAACAUCAGAUUCCCUACCUCUUGGGCUUAGUGCAUGUGGUCACUCAAUAAGUGUAAUAGGGGUGAAUUAAGCAAAAGGACUUUCUCAUGUGAUUUGUGCCAACAGCUUUGGAGAUAAUAUUUUGCAGUGUUGGGGCUGGAGCGAUAGCACAGCGUGGAGGGCGUUUGCCUUGCACGCGGCCGACCUGGGUUCGAAUCCCAGCAUCCCAUAUGGUCCCCUGAGCACUGCCAGGGGUGAUUCCUGAGUGCAUGAGCCAGGAGUGACCCCUGUGCAUCACCGGGUGUGACCCAAAAAGCAAAUAUAUAUAUAUAUUUUGCAAUGUUAUCUGAGAAAGCAACUUAAUAUAUUGAGUCAUAGUACUGACCUUGGGCUGGAGCGAUAGCACAGUGGUUGGGCUUUCGCCUUUCACUCGGCCAACCCGUGUUCGAUUCCUCCGCCCCUCUCGGAGAGCCCGGCAAGCUACUGAGAGUAUCGAGUAUCGAGCCCGCGCGGCAGAGCCUGGCAAGCUACUCGUGCGUGUUGGAUAUGCCAAAAACAGUAACAGUCUCUCAAUGAGAGACUGUUACUGGUGCCUGCUCAAACAAAUCGAUGAGCAACGGGAUGACAGUAACAGUAACAGUACUGACCUUUAAUAAUGAAAGUCAGAUGCAUUACAAAUCUAGUUUCUCUAACGUAGGAUCUCCAUCGCUAGCAUUCACUAUCACACAAAUAUCCUGGCAAGUUCCUUUGUCACCCAGGUGCUUCCUCCUGGAAGGAUUUCUCUCUUCUGUCACCUACCCCACAGCUGAUAUCAGCGUCCCCUUAUAUGUAGUACUCCCUGGUCCCAUCUGACCUUCAUUGUUUUCUCUGUAUGGCCAAUGUAUUGCUCUGUGCCCCCAUCUUCCACUCCUCCCUAGCAGAAACCUACUGGACCCAGUUGGAACUCAUUCAGUGAUCAUAAUUUCUUUCUCCUUCCUGCUUUGACUGACAGUUCUUUAUGCAUGUCUUUCAUGAGCCUUCCAUGGUUCCUUUACCCCACUCUUCUCAUUUUCUACUUGAGGGUUGUUCCCCUGCAUUUCUUCUAAAACCCAGCUGUAAUACUCAUGACCGGAUCGUCAUUCACUCCCUUCAUCAGAGUCAUCCAUUCAUGAGCUGCUUUUUUUUUUCCCAUUUUGGGGCGGUGCUCAGGGCUUACUCCCAUCCCUGCAGUCAUGGAUAGCUCCUGGUAGGGCUCAGGGACAAUAUGAGAUCCCAGGAUCGAACUGGAGUCAGUCUUGUGCAAGAGAAAUACCCCACCCUUUGUACUGUGGCUCCACCCCCUUGGAUUGCUCAUUUACACAUCAGAUAUUUCAGCUCCUCCCUCACUUCUAUAAUUAGUUAUUAUAAUAUUUUAACAUUGCAUUAUCCAUAGAGGUAAUAUUCUAAUAUCCUGACUUUAAGGUUUCUUUGUUGCAUCAAUCACACUGCUCCCUUCUCUAAUGCCUUUCUGUUACCAGCACCUGCAAAAUCACCAUGUUUCAAACCUUUUUCUAAGCUAAUCAACUACACCUACCUGGAUUCCAGCGAGACAGAUCCUUUUCUCAUGCUGAGUCUCAGCCUAUGGUAUAGUUCCCUCAGAAAAUAGAAGCAAUUGGCAGAGGUUUUUCAUCACUAUGACUUCCUCCCCAUUCUCACAGUCUUCCUGCCAGAGCCUAUAUGAUUUAAUUGGAUGUGUUGGUCCUUAAACCUAUCCCUUCUCUAACAUUGCUCCCUCAAUUUUCCCUUAUCUCCUGCACAAUCAGAUUUUUCAACUCAAUUAUUUCCUCUUUUUUGGUGGGGAGGGCUUGGUGACUCAGUGAUGAUCAGGGGUUACUUCUGCUCUGCACUCAGGAAUUACUCCUGGCAGUGCUUGGGGGACUAUAAGGAAAACUGGGAAUUCAACCCUGGUUGGCUAUGUGCAAGGCAAGUAUCCUAUCCCUGUACUCUCUUCAGCCCCUCUACUGGAUUAUUUCUGUCCUAUAAAUAGACUUUUUAAAGGAUUGAUACCAAAUCCUCUUCACUCUGGCAUCAUUUAUGUCAUUUUAGAUAAGAAAAUUUAUCUGUACUUCCUUUCCAGGAAAAACUCAAAAAGUACCUCCCUCCCAGGUAAUUCUAUAUUGGAAAUAUCAGUCUGUUUGUGUGUGUGUGUGUGUGUCUGUGUGUGUGUGUCUGUGUGUGUGUGUCUGUGUGUGUGUGACAGAGAGAGAGAGAUUUUAGGCACUGAGAUUUACAAUAUUGAUAACCAGGUUUCAUGUAAAUAUAUAUAGUGUUCCAACACCACCCUCUGCAAUAGUGUCCCCCUUCUCACUCUCCACCCCGUUAUUGUUUUUUUCUCUUUAAUAUCAUUAGCAUUUUCCUCUUUUUCUUGUUUUUUUUUUUUGUGGGGGGGAGGGGACCCCACCCUACUGUGCUUGCUUCUGCUUCUGGCUUUGUGCUCAGGGAUUACACCCAGAAGAGCUAGGUGGAUUAUAUGGAGUAUCUGGGAUUGAAUUUAGCUGUGUCAUGGCAAGAAGUGCCUUGCCCGCUGUGCUAUCUCUUUGGCCACAUCAGUUCUGGAUCAUUUGCUGAUGGAAACAUGUUAAUCAGCUGACUUUCAGGGCCUUGCUGCCUAGCUAGCCUCCAGUCAGGCCAUCUUUGCUGUUUCCUUCCAACCUCAAUUAUCUUACUCUAGGGAGUGCACAUUCAUAUCUGCCCACACAUUUUUUUUUUUUUGGUUCCAGGAAUUGAACUCAGCGAGGCUGCUCAUACUCUUCAUAGUCACAUAAAAAAUCUCAAGGCUAUAAAAACUAGCAGUACGCCUGAAACUUUUAAAGAUAACUGUGAUGUUUUUAAAAAUUAUUUACAGCUUUGUUACAAAGAUGCUUGCUACCACAAACAAAUAGAGAAGACUUGUGUUUUUUGCUCUCAUCUGGUGGUUUUCAGGGCUUAUUUCUGACUGUGUUCAGUGAUUAUUCCUGGGAGUGCUGGGGGAAGGCUGUCACACCAGGGCCAGUCAGGAUCAGCCAUGUUCAAAUUAAGUUUGGCUCCUCAAUAAAUAGUACUUGUUCUUCUCUUAAAAGUUCCUUCAUAUAAAAAAAAAAGUUCCUUCAUGUCUAAGUUAACCUAUCUUCAUUAUCACUGCAUAUUACAGUUGUCUUAAUUUGGGGACCAGAGAGAUAGGUAAGGCAUUUGCCAUUAUAAAGUCCACACAGGUUCAGUCCCUACUACCAUGUCACCGAAAUAUAAUCCCUCAAGCCCUGGUAGGAUUGAACCAUGAACACAACCAGGAGUGAGCCCCUGAACGCGGCUGAGUAUUAACCAAAAACAAAGUUGUCUUUUUUUUUUUUUAAUUUGGGCUGCACUUGGUGCUCAAGGCUUACUCCUGACUCUAAGCUCAGGGAUCACUCCUGGUGGUAUGCAGGGGACCAUAUGGGGUGCAGGAUAUUGAACCUGGGUCAGCCGCAUGCAAGACAAAUGAUAUCUUACUUGCUGUAGUAUCUCUCUGGCCCAAAGGUUGUCUUUUUUUUAAUAGAAUCAACAUCCUAAUAACGCUAACUUUUGUGUCUGGAUUCUUUGUUCUUUGAGAGUUAUUAUAUGGCAUUUUACUCCCUUCCCCCCCACCCCGUGUAGAUUUACUUAAUUUUGAUGUGUCAUAAUUAGUUGUUCCAUUCAUCUUCAUCUUUUUUUAAUUUCAUUUUUGA